GGAUUCUUAUGGGUGGGACCUGGAGCCGCGAGUGAAGGGAGGGAGUGGUCCGCGGGUGGGAAUGUCGAGCAGACAAAAUAUGGGACCCCUGUCCCUUGAAGUUCCACUUGUGUCUUCCUGAGUGAGGAGCACGGCGUCCGAUGUGCCUCUCCCCGGGGCACGUUAGGAGAGAAAAGCGACCCAGAUAAGAGUGGACAGAGAAAAAAGCGAGCCAUGUUCUCCACCAAGCGGUCCCCUGCCCUCGCAGCUGAGCAGCGCCGCAGCCGAGCCCGGGCCUCGGAGCGGGUCUUGGGAGCUGAUGACUGUGACAUGAGUGGCGGCUGCUCUCAGAAGCUGGCGACAGCUACCAUUCUCCGUUUCCUGUUGCUGGUCCUGAUUCCAUGUAUCUGUGCGCUCAUUGUCCUGCUGGUGAUCCUGUUUUCCUUUGUGGGAACAUUAAGGAAGGCCUAUUUUAAAUCAAAUGGGAGUGAACCUUUAGUCACUGAUGGUGAAGUCCAAGUGUCUGAUGUUAUUCUUCCAAAUGUAGAUUAUAACCAGAGCGCUGUGCCUUCCACUGCACACCCCAGCCUACACAUUCCAGCCUGGACCACGGCUACUUCUCCUGGAGGAGGCCUGAAUCCGGGGAACACAAGUACCUGCAUGAAUAUCACGCACAGCCAAUGUCAGAUGCUGCCUUACUACACCACACUAACACCUGUCUUCUCAACUGUCAAAAAUCUGGAAAUGGAGAAGUUCCUCAAGUUCUUCAUGUUCCUCCACCGCCUUGGUUGCUAUCAACAUAUCUUGCUUUUUGGCUGUAGCCUUGCCUUCCCUGAGUGUGUCAGCGAUGGUGUUGAAAGUCAUGGACUCCUGCCUUGUAGGUCCUUCUGUGAGGCUGCGAAAGAGGGCUGUGAGUCAGUCCUGGGGGUGGUCAACUCCUCCUGGCCUGAUUUCCUCAAAUGCUCCCAGUUUAGAAACGAAACUGAAAGCAGCAACAUCAGCAGAAUUUGCUUUUCACCACAACAGGAAAAAGGAAAGCAACUGCUGUGUGGAGGGGGUGAUAGCUUCCUGUGUACCAGUGGGAUCUGUGUCCCCAGGAAACUGCAGUGUAACGGCUACAAUGACUGCAAUGACUGGAGUGAUGAGUCUCACUGCAAUUGCAGUGAGAAACUGUUUCAGUGUCACACAGGCAAAUGCCUUAAUUAUAGCCUUGUGUGUGAUGGAUAUGACGACUGUGGGGACCUGAGUGAUGAACAAAACUGUGAUUGCAAUCCCACAAAGGAGCACCGCUGUGGAGAUGGGCGCUGCAUCCUGACAGAGUGGGUGUGCGACGGUGAUCAUGACUGUGUGGAUAAGUCUGACGAGGUCAAUUGCUCCUGCCUCAGCCAGGGUCUGGUGGAAUGCAGAAAUGGACAGUGUAUCCCCAGCACUUUCUGGUGUGAUGGAGAUGAGGACUGUAAGGACGGAAGUGAUGAAGAGAACUGCAGUGACAGUCAGAUACCAUGUCAAGGAGACCAAAGAUGCCUCUACAAUUCCUGCCUUGACUCAUGUGGUAGCGCUCCCUGUGAGCCCAACAAUGGUCAGAAUAACUGUAGUCAAUGUGAACCGAUUACGUUGGAACUCUGUAUGAAUUUACCCUACAACCAUACAAACUAUCCAAAUUACCUUGGCCACAGGAGUCAAAAGGAAGCAUCCAUCAGUUGGGAGUCUUCUCUUUUCCCUGCACUUGUUCAAACCAACUGUUACAAAUACCUCAUGUUUUUUGCCUGUACCAUAUUGGUACCAAAGUGUGAUGUGAAUACAAGCCAGCGCACCCCACCUUGCAGAGUGCUGUGUGAACACUCCAGAGAGCAUUGUGAGUCUGUUCUUGGGCUCGUGGGCCUACAGUGGCCUGAAGACACAGAUUGUAACCAAUUUCCAGAAGAAAACUCAGACAAUCAUACCUGCCUAAUGCCUGAUGAAGAUGUGGAAGAAUGCUCACCUAGUCACUUCAAGUGUGGCUCAGGCCGGUGUGUUCUGGCUUCCAGAAGAUGUGAUGGUCAGGCUGACUGUGAUGAUGACAGUGAUGAAGACAACUGUGGAUGCAAAGAGAGAGAUCUUUGGGAAUGUCCAUCCAAUAAACAAUGUUUGAAGCACACAGUCAUUUGUGAUGGAUUUCCAGACUGCCCAGAUGACUUGGAUGAAAAAAACUGCUCAUUUUGCCAAGAUGAUGAAGUAGAAUGCACAAACCACGAGUGUGUGUCACGUGAUCAGUGGUGUGACGGCAAUGCUGACUGCUUGGAUAGUUCAGAUGAAUGGGACUGUGUGACCCUCUCUAAAAAUGUGAACUCUUCACUCCUGACCGCUCACAGAUUUGCCAGGGAACACCCUGUGUGUGCAGAUGGCUGGCAGGAUACAUUGAGUCAGCUGGCCUGCAAGCAAAUGGGUUUAGGGGAGCCAUCUGUGACCAAACUGAUACAGGAACAGAUGCAAGACCCGCAGUGGUUGACAUUACACCCCAACUGGGAGAGCCUCAAUGGGACCACUUUGCAUGAACUGCUAGUAAAAGGGCAGACUUGUCACAGCAGAAGUAAGAUUUCUCUUCUGUGUACUAAACAAGACUGUGGGCACCGCCCUGCUGCCCGAAUGAACAAGAGGAUCCUCGGGGGUCGGACGAGUCGGCCCGGAAGAUGGCCAUGGCAGUGUUCCCUGCAGAGUGAGCCCAGUGGACACAUUUGUGGCUGCGUUCUCAUCGCCAAGAAGUGGGUUCUGACAGUUGCCCACUGCUUCGAGGGGAGAGAGAAUGCAGCCGUUUGGAAAGUAGUGUUCGGCAUCAACAAUCUAGACCACCCGUCCUCAUUCAUGCAGACACGCCUGGUGAAGACCAUCAUCCUGCACCCUCGCUACAGCCGUGCGGUGGUGGACUAUGACAUCAGCAUCGUGGAGCUCAGUGAGGACAUCAAGGAAACCAGCUACGUCAGGCCUGUCUGCUUACCCAACCCAGAGCAGUCGCUAGAACCUGAUACGUACUGUUCUAUCACAGGCUGGGGGCACAUGGGCAACAAAAUGCCUUUUAAGCUGCAAGAGGGAGAAGUCCGCAUUAUUUCCCUGGAGCAGUGUCAGUCCUACUUCGACAUGAAGACCAUCACCACGCGCAUGAUAUGUGCUGGCUAUGAGUCUGGUACAGUUGAUUCAUGCAUGGGUGACAGCGGCGGGCCUCUUGUUUGUGAGCAGCCUCGAGGACAGUGGACAUUAUUUGGUUUAACUUCAUGGGGCUCGAUCUGCUUUUCCAAAGUCCUGGGACCUGGAGUUUAUAGCAACGUGUCAUACUUUGUCGACUGGAUUAAAAGACAAAUAUAUAUCCAUACCUUUCUCCUAAACUAAUUCCAAAGAUGAUCAAAGACUUUAGCCAGCUAUACUCGAAAAUGGCCUUCUUGACUGUGGGAAUCUCCUGCGGAGAAUUGUACAGAAGCACUUUUCAUGGGCAGGGAUGUUCACUGCACACUGUACUGUGCUCAUGUGUGUUUUGGUUUGAUUUGAUUCAACUUUUUUUUUUUCAACUUUCUCUUAUUUCAAAUUUAAUGAAAGUCAUUUAAAAAAAAAAAAAACAAAAAAACUAAGCAAAGCAGCUUUUGUCCUGUGGCCAGGCCUAACCAUGAUUGUAGUGUGAAAGGAUCAAUUCUUGAGAAAGUUAGAAUAACGCAGGUGCUUAGGUGACAGGUUAUUGAAAAUUCCCUUUUAUCCGAUCACAUAAAGGACAUCAAGCUCCAGAUUUAGGCUAACGAAGUUAUGCUAACUCUUGUUUUUAAGCACAAUAACAUAGCGGCAGAUUUCAACAUUAAGUUGGAAGCUUGCUUCAUUAAUAACCCAGAUAAUUUACUUUUAAAUUAUUUACUAUUACUUUUCAAGAGUUUGCUUCAUUCUAAGUACUUGUGAAAGGCAGUCAGAGGUAAAAGACAAGUACCAACCAUUUAAGUAGCUUAAAUAGCAAGAGAUAGUGAACACAAAGCUCUUUAAAUAACAACAUUAGCACUUAACUUUCUAAGACUGCCCAUUCUGAAUUUAAAUAAAAGUUGUAAUUUUAUAGAAAAUUCUCCAUAGACUCUUUGGGGCUUGUUCAGUGAUAAUCAGCUGGCUAACUGAGAUGUCCAUGACUUGGAAAAUAUUCAGGGGAAAUAUUUUGUUCUUCCUAGGUAACAUUGAAGUUUAAACUUUGGCAAAGGGGAACUACUUUAGACUAAUGAUGUGCAAUUUUUUUAAAAAAGAAAAUUACACCCUAUUCCCAAUGAAAUAUUUUCCAAUGUUCGUCCAUACCAAAAAGUCACAGAAAUGUAUCUCAAAGCAAAGUAAGACUUUGCAUGGAGUAAAAGAUUUUGUAAUUUUCCUUGAAAGAUAUUUAAUAGCUGGUGUUGCCAUUAUGCCCCAUUGAUAAUUAAAAUUUUAAAUGCUAUUAAGCACUAGACCACUUGACGCACAUUGGUUUCUGAAGUAAUUAGUGAUUUAAGUAUUUUUCCACACUAAAAAGUUCCAAAACACAAAUGUUCACAUCUACCUAAUUGAAUUAGGUAAGUUCAUUUUGCAACAUCCAAAUGCCUUUUCAACAAGUAGGACUGCCUACUCACCACACCAGCAACCUGGACUGCCUCAGCAUUCCACAGAGACUACCUGCAAUUUUAUACAUGUAUUUUUGUACUCUUUGCUGUAUAUACGUGUUUGAAAUUCAAAAAGUUGUCUUGACACUUUCCAUGUUAUUCAUCUCCUGUUCUGUAGUUUGUAUAAACCUAUUGAGAAUGUGAAAUCCAGCAAUUGAAUUGUAGUCACAAUUCUAUGAAAGUUUAAGAACAUGUCAAUUUUGUUAUAGGUGUAGAUACAGACUUCACGUAACUACUAUAGCGUGCCUCAAUUUGUGUUCAGCAAAAUGUAUAUAUUGUACUUAUUUUAAAUAAUCCAUGAUGCAAAUAAAAUGAA